AUGAGACGUAAGGAAAAAAGACUGAUGCAGUUCGCUGGCUUGCUCAUAGCGGCUCUUCUUUUCCUACCAAACGUGGGUCUGUGGUCCUUGUACCGAGAUCGGGUGUUUGAGAACUCGCCAGAGAUAGUCGAAGGACCCGGUGGUAUCCCCCAGAUACAGGGGCUGAACGUGAGGCCCAGAAAGGACGAUGGCGUGAGGAAGAAAGACUGGCACGACUACGAAGCGAUCAAACGAGAUGCAGCCCGCUCAGGCAACGGAGAGCAGGGGAAACCGUUCCCCCUGACCGACGCCGACCGCGUGGACCAGGCGUACCGGGAGAACGGCUUCAACAUCUACGUGAGCGACCGCAUCUCCCUCAACCGCUCGGUCGCCGACAUCCGCCACCCGAACUGCAAGCAGAAGCUGUACUCGGAGAGGCUGCCCAACACCAGCAUCAUCAUCCCCUUCCACAACGAGGGCUGGUCCUCGCUGCUCCGCACCGUGCACAGCGUGCUCAACCGCUCGCCGCCCGAGCUCAUCGCCGAGAUCAUCCUGGUGGACGACUUCAGCGAUAAGGAGCACCUGAAAGCCUCGCUGGAGGAGUACAUGGUGCGCAUGCCCAAGGUCCGGAUCCUGCGCACCAAAAAGAGGGAGGGGCUUAUCAGAACGAGGCUGCUGGGAGCCGCGGCCGCCACCGGCGAGGUCAUCACCUUCCUGGACUCCCACUGCGAGGCCAACGUCAACUGGCUGCCACCGCUCUUGGACCGGAUCGCCCAGAACAGGAAGUCCAUCGUGUGCCCGAUGAUCGACGUGAUCGACCACGACAACUUCGGCUACGAGACGCAGGCGGGGGACGCCAUGCGCGGCGCCUUCGACUGGGAGAUGUACUACAAGCGCAUCCCCAUCCCCCCCGAGCUGCAGAAGGAGGACCCCAGCGAGCCCUUCGAAUCACCUGUGAUGGCGGGCGGCCUUUUCGCUGUGGACAGGAAGUGGUUCUGGGAGCUGGGAGGAUAUGACACGGGCCUGGAGAUUUGGGGAGGGGAGCAGUAUGAGAUCUCCUUCAAGGUGUGGAUGUGCGGGGGGCGCAUGGAGGACAUCCCCUGCUCUCGAGUGGGACACAUCUACAGGAAGUACGUCCCCUACAAGGUCCCGGGCGGAGUCAGCCUGGCUAGGAACCUGAAGCGCGUGGCGGAGGUGUGGAUGGACGAGUACGCCGAGUUCAUCUACCAGCGGCGGCCCGAAUACCGCCACCUGUCGGCCGGGGACAUGAGCGCGCAGAAGGAGCUCCGCGCCUCCCUCAGCUGCCGGAACUUCCGCUGGUUCAUGAGCGAGGUGGCCUGGGACCUGCCCAAACACUACCCCCCCGUGGAGCCGCCCGCCGCCGCCUGGGGGGAGCUGCGUAACGUGGGCAGUGGCAUGUGUGUGGAGAGCAAACACUUCACCUCCGGGACGCCCAUCCGCAUGGAGACCUGUCUGAAGGGGCGGGGCGAGGCAGGGUGGACCCAUGGGCAGGUGUUCACGCUGGGCUGGAGGGAGGAUGUCCGCGUGGGUGACCCCAUGCACACAAAGAAGGUCUGCUUCGACGCCAUCUCCCACAACAGCGCCGUCACCCUGUACGACUGCCACGGCAUGCGGGGCAACCAGCUCUGGAAGUACAGGAAGGAUAAAACCCUGUACCACCCCAUCAGUAACAGCUGCAUGGACAGCAGUGCGGCCGAUAAGAAGGUGUUUAUGAGCACGUGCGACCCCAGCUCCCCGAGCCAGUGGUGGGCGUUCGAGAAGACCAACGGCACGGUCCUGGAGCAGUUCAACCACAGCGAGAACUGAGACCGCAGUGGCGCGCCUGCACCCGGGAGUGUGUGUGUCACAGCGUGGGGGGGUGGGAGGG